AUGCAGAAGUUCUCGAGGCUCGGCCGCCUGGGCCAGAGCCUUGCUUCGCGCAGGCAAUUGGCCACCGUCAGCGAUGCUCCCCUCUCUCGCAAGGUCGAGAUGACCAACUGGGAGAAGGGCCACUACAUCAACUACCAGAAGAUGAACGAGAACCUCGAGAUUGUUCGUGCCCGCUUGAACCGCCCGCUCACCUUCGCCGAGAAGAUUCUCUACUCCCACUUGGACGACCCCCACGGUCAAGAGAUUGAGCGCGGCUCCAGCUACCUCAAGCUCCGCCCCGACCGUGUAGCUUGCCAGGAUGCCACCGCCCAGAUGGCCAUUCUUCAGUUCAUGUCAGCUGGUCUGCCCUCCGUUGCUACACCUACUACUGUCCACUGCGACCAUCUUAUCGAGGCCCAGGUUGGUGGUGAGAAGGAUUUGGAGCGCGCCAACGAGAUCAACAAGGAGGUCUACAACUUCUUGUCCACCUCUUGCGCAAAGUACAACAUUGGUUUCUGGAAGCCUGGCUCUGGUAUCAUUCACCAGAUCGUGCUUGAGAACUACGCUUUCCCCGGUGCUCUCCUCAUUGGUACCGACUCGCACACUCCCAACGCCGGUGGUCUCGGUAUGGCCGCCAUUGGUGUCGGUGGUGCCGACGCUGUCGAUGUCAUGGCUGGUCUCCCCUGGGAACUGAAGGCCCCCAAGGUCAUUGGUGUUAAGCUUACUGGCAAGCUCUCCGGCUGGACUGCUCCCAAGGACAUUAUCCUCAAGGUUGCUGGUAUCCUCACCGUCAAGGGUGGAACCGGUGCUAUCGUCGAAUACCACGGUCCCGGUACCGAGAGUCUAAGCUGCACCGGCAUGGCGACUAUUUGCAACAUGGGUGCUGAAAUUGGUGCCACCACCUCGCUCUUCCCCUUCAACGACCGCAUGUACGACUACCUCUCCGCCACCAAGCGCCGCGACAUUGGUGACUUCUCCCGCGAGUACGCUGCCCAGCUCCGUGAGGACGAGGGUGCCGAAUACGACGAACUCAUUGAGAUCAACCUUGACGAGCUCGAGCCCCACAUCAACGGUCCCUUCACCCCCGAUCUAGCUACACCCAUCAGCAAGUUCAAGGAGGCUGUCAAGGCCAACAAGUGGCCUGAGGACCUCAAGGUCGGUCUUAUCGGUUCUUGCACCAACUCCUCGUACGAGGACAUGAGCCGUGCUGCCUCCAUCGCUGAGGACGCCAUGUCCCACGGCGUCAAGGCCAAGUCUCUCUUCACUGUUACCCCUGGCUCAGAGCAGAUUCGCGCCACUAUCGAGCGCGACGGUCAGCUCAAGACCUUCGAGGAGUUCGGCGGCAUGGUUCUCGCGAAUGCUUGCGGGCAAGUUUUCCCUCCUCUUCAAUGCCAAUGGGAUCGCCGCGAUGUCAAGAAGGGCGAGGCUAACUCCAUCAUCUCGUCUUACAACCGCAACUUCACUGGCCGUAACGACGCCAACCCCGCCACCCACUCUUUCGUUACCUCCCCCGACCUUGUUGUUGCCAUGACCAUUGCUGGAACCUUGAACUUCAAUCCUUUAGUAGAUGAGCUCGAGGGAGCGGAUGGCAAGAAGUUCAAGCUCAAGGAGCCUUCCGGCAUGGGUCUUCCCGCCAACGGCUACGACCCAGGUCAGGAUACUUACCAAGCGCCACCAGAGGACCGCUCAUCUGUCUCUGUCGCUGUUUCGCCCACCUCAGACCGUCUCCAACUUCUUGAGCCUUUCUCCGCCUGGAACGGUGAAGAUGCGAAGAACCUCCCUAUCCUUAUUAAGUGCCAAGGAAAGACUACGACCGAUCACAUCUCCAUGGCCGGUCCCUGGUUGAAGUACCGUGGACACUUGGACAACAUCUCCAACAACAUGUUGAUUGGUGCCAUCAACGCUGAGAACGGCGAGGCCAACAAGGUCAAGAACCUUCUCGACGGAUCUUACGGUGCCGUCCCUGAUGUCGCCCGAAACUACAAGAAGAACGGCGUCCCAUGGGUUGUCAUUGGUGACUGGAACUACGGAGAAGGCUCUUCCCGUGAGCAUGCUGCGCUUGAGCCCAGGCACUUGGGUGGCGCUGCCAUCAUCACCCGCUCCUUCGCUCGUAUCCACGAGACCAACUUGAAGAAGCAGGGUAUGCUUCCCCUUACCUUCUCCGACCCUGCCGACUACGACAAGAUCGGUCCCAACGACCGUGUGACCUUGGCCUCCACUGAGCUCGCCCCCGGCAAGCCCCUGACCAUGACUGUCCACCCCGCCGAUGGAUCCAAGGACUUCCAGGUCAAGCUUUCGCACACCUUCAACGAGGGUCAGAUCGAGUGGUUCAAGAACGGCAGCGCUCUUAACACCAUGGCCAAGAACGCUAAGCAGUAG